AUGGCCACCGAUGGUUCCGAUUGCCCCGAGACUAGCAACUCGACGGACUGUCUGCUGAGGAAUUUGCUUCAACUCUUGAACAAUCAACGCGAUGCCAAUGAUGCAGAAGUCAACUGGGAUCCCAUUUCGUUCGCAUUUACAUUGAUUCUUGGUCUAGCUGCAGCCUUGUUCGCCGCCAUUACGAUUUGGCAAGCUAUUGCAACUGCUGGAAAAGGGUGGCGGAAGACCAACCCCAACGCUAUUGGUGGUUGGGCUGCCCGAACUGAAACCAGAUGGGUCUGGACCGAGAUGAGUUACAAAACCACGGCGUGGACUCCGAUCUUGAACGUCGAAACAGUGAAACAUUGGGCGGAAUUAGGCGACCUGCCAGCCGCCGACGGCAAAGAAAAGUCUGCGUGGGAGAGAAUGACGGACUUCCUGCGAAAGUCUCGUUCUCCUACUUGCAAGGUUUUGAACCGAGAUCCGAACACUGAGGACAGGCCCGCGGCAACAUGGGUUCGAUUGCUGGAAGAGCUCGGACUGGAAGAGAUCAAACCUCCAAACGAAGAUGACAAAAUCGGCCUGCGGCGAGUGGUUGCUGAUUACCUGCCGGACGAUCUACCCGCGGCUCCAGCGUAUGCUCAAGUCGGCCUGAUCCUUGCAGCCACAGCAAUGGUAGGGGUUCAAAUUCGGAUGAACGAACAGAAUUCAGCAUAUCCUAUCGUCGUUGGCCAAGGUUUCCAAGUUGACUUUCGGGACCACCCACUACUUGGACUCGUUGGUGUUUAUUCGCGUUAUGUAACACGGCGCGACAGCUCAAAACGUUCUCAGUUCAAGCCAGAGCAGCUUGCGAUGGUCAUGGAAUAUGGGCGCGGAAGAUUCAAAACGAUACGAUUGAAUGGAGACUCAGAGACCCUCGACAUGUUGAAGCUUUCCACGCGUAACCAGCUAAUGAAAGCUCUCAUGGGGUUUGAGACUACGGAACGUUAUAGGUUUCCGGAACCAUUCAUCACAGGCCUAGAAAGCGUCUUUGAGGACUGCAUUCCCAUUUCACGCUUGCUCUUGGCUGCCACACCUGAACGUGUUCCUUUACUGUUCCCAAGAUCGGCAUUUACGACUAAAAUUCCAUUGUCAGCGAUCGCUGUUCUGGGAUCCUUUUGGUCCUCAGUGCAACUGACCGAGUUCAAAGGGUGGGACGUUUCAAUGGACUUGGGCUUUUGGAACGCCCCGACGUGGUCGCGAUUCAUCUGGGAAACUUCCGUGACACGCUAUGAAGCCAUUUCAUCGGACGCUGGAUCUUUUAAGGGGCAUUUCCUGGUCUUGCAAAUGUGCGUCGGAUUACUGCACAGCCCGAAGAAGUUACAAGCUUGGUUUCGCGGUCUGCGCGAUGACGAUCAAAACUCCAUCAAAGAAAGCAUCUUGGGGCAACUGAAGGAGAUUGACAGAUGGAUAACGUCUAGUACACAGUCUCAGCGAGACGGCACGCCAGCCCAGUCACCAAGCCCAUCUCCACCCAACGAGGACAUUACCCAAGCACAAUCCUCGAGCAAAAUGCCACCCGAAUUCGGAAGGCGCAUUGCAAGUAUAUAUCGAACGACCAUCAUUCUUUCGCAGGCACACCAACUUGUAACCUUCAGAAGUCAAGUGAGAGUCAAGGGACAGGACACAUCGCAGCAAAAGAACUAUCCGAGCGGGUCCGCAUGUCAUCGCCACAACAACAUGCUCGCAGACAUCAGAAGCUUACUCCAGGACUUCAAGGGUCCCAAAGAGAAGCUAGACGGGUUUGACGAGGAGUACAGGAGAUUGCCCAUAGAACGCGGGAUAACGCAGCAAACAGAAAAAGGAAAAGAGAAUGGCAAAGGAGCUGAAAAUCAUGGAAACGAAGUUGGGGAAGGGGAAAAGCAGAAUGAGGAAAAAAGAGUACCAAAAACAGGUGCACAACCCUGCGACAGAGAACGUGAUGAUAAAGACAGGAAGGAGACCCAAGCAAAGGGCAAGGGAACAGCGCCGGGAAAAGGCGUCGAUCGAGCCAAUCAGACGAAAGAACUUCCGACAAAAGAUAAGGAAGAGAAUCAGACGGAACAGAUUAUAACGAAAGAAGGGGAGGGAAGCGCUCAAAAAGACAAGGAAGAGCAAGGGAAAUGGGAAGACGAUGGUCAAGGGGAAGGAGAUGUCAAAGAAGAGGGCAGCAGUGAGGUAAAAACUGAGAAGGAGACAGAGAGCAAGGCCGACAAUUUCCCUAUUCAUGUGAAGAAUAGGCCCCAUCUGGGGGAGCUCUUCGAAAAGUGCAAGAAGUAUCGCGGAUACUUGCGUUUCAUUGCAGGAUUCGACAUAACUCAGCAUUCGAUCGACGAUUUGUGCAAAAUACUGGAUGAGCUUGGUGCAAUAUCGGUGUAUUGCACCACGUCAGAAGAUGAUGGAGCCGACAGGAGGGGUGACUUGAAUGACAUCCUCAUCUACCGCUGUCUGGCAAUGGCCUUGCUAUUUCAGACAUCGAUUGAUACCGACAAAAUGACGCAUCUUUGGGAUCAGGUAUUGCCUUUGAUCUAG